AUGAGCACCGAUCCAGUACCCAUGGAGGUGUCACUGACUGUCGGUAAGCUCGACGCGUCACUUGCGCUUUUAACCACGAAAGAUCACCAUGUAAUUGAGUUCCCUACAAUGCUUUUACCUGAUAAUGUAAAAGCUGGGUCAAUAGUCAAAAUUCAGGUGUCUGAAGAUGCUGAGAAGGAAUUACAAGAGUUUCAAGAGUUUCAAAACCUUCAAUCUGAGAUUAUGGAAAAAUAUGGCACACAUACACCCUCAAAACCGGAAGUUGAAGUGAUAAAUGUGACGCAAACCAGUUGCGUGCUAGGCUGGAAAGAACUGGAUUUAGGAUCAGCGCAUUUGAAAUCGCUAAUUUUGUAUAAAGACGGUGCACGUUCAUUGCUGAUCCCAAAUCCAUUGAAGACCACGUCUACCAAAAUAUCAGGGCUUUCGGUGGAUAGCAAGUACACGUUUCAACUCAAACUUUGUACCACAUCAGGCAACUAUCUAUCCGAAGAAAUUACUGUACAGACCCACAAGAUGACAGAUUUGUCUGGAAUAACGCCAUGUCUUGGAACUCUCGAAAGUAUGCGUGGGGUGACGGUUAAUGGGAUUGAAACGAGUCUUGCAAAAAUUGGCGCCAAACCCUUGCAAACUAAGGUCAGUAUCGACACUACCCAUUUUAUCACAAACGAUCCCGACAGCGAAGAUGCCGAAUUCAAAAAGGCUCAGCAAAGUAAUAUCCCCAUUGUCGUGCCCGAAUGGAUCAGGGCUUGUGAACUUGAGGGUAGAAUUGUCGGCGUUCGCGGUUUCUAUCUGGAUGCCGACAAGUCUAAUCUCGAGAGUUAUAGAUUCCCAAAAGCUAAUGAUAGUUUCAAUGAUAAAGCACCAGUAGCUGCAAAUAAUGCGGUAGAAUCGGCCUCGGAAUCGGUCACCCACGCAAGCCAUGCUAGUCAACAGACAAUAGCGCAUUUCGAUCAGUCUAGCAACAACGACAGCAAGCAAGACGGGGAACAAUCGGGAUUCGACGCUGUUCCUACUAAUGACGACGAUUCUGAUUUACCUGAUGCGAACGCCUCGGAUGAUCAACCUUUGAAUGAGCCUUCUGUAAUUGCAAAUGGCAAAAGCGUAAACGGUGGAGAACUUCAGAAUUCUGAAGAAAUACCAGAUACGGACUCUGCUGAAGUUGGAAUCGCACAUAAGAGAGACCAUGAACCCGCGCAGGGAGCUGAGGCCGGCAGGGAAGUUGACAACGCAGCUGCGGAACCUGCGAUUGUGGACGAUAAAGAAAGCACUCACCAAGGCGACACCAUCCCUAAUAAUUUGCCCAGUGCAGACGUAUCUGUUAGUGAGCCCACGGAUUUGUUGAAAGAAGCAGGCUCGACCCAUAAUUCAGACGAUGCUAUUGUUUCCAUCAAGAAAAGUACGCAGGACGCCAUUGAGAACCCUUCCAAUGACUUGAAGGACGACGAAAGUGAUGCCGGUCAAACAGAAGAGGGACAUGGCGAAUUGGAAGGCAAGAUGGAGACGUCCCCCAAAGCAGAGGAUAUCAACGCUCCUGAGCCUGUCGCUGACAUCAAAGUUGAGGACCUAAAAGAUGAUGAAGGCGUAACAGAAACCAGAAAAGAGGAAACUAACCCUGUUGGGUAUCCGGUGCAGGAAACGAUUGUAGACGUGUCAACCGAUGCGGCUGCAACGGAAUCGGAUGAGAAAGAGCAAGUCCUCGAAAACAGCGACGCCAAAUCUACAAAGGAUUCUCAAAAUAUUGAAGACUCGGUAUCGUCUGAUCCUGUAAAGGAGGGCUCAGAGGCACCAGUCACAUCGGUCAGUCCAGAGUUGCAAUCCACAGUUCCGGAAGCUGCCGACGCAGUACCCACGGAGCCUCAGCCCGCUGUAACGACGAGCAAUCCGGGCAGCUCUAAAAACAAGAAGAAGAAUAAGAAGAAGAAAAACAAGAAAUAA